AUGGAAGCUGGUGAAAUUGCAGUAGAUAGUGACGAUGAAAUUUUAGUUGGGACAUCUUAUACCCUUGCUAAUCCUACAACCCACCUGGCCAAGGAUGAGCCUUUUGAUAGCCAUGGAUUUGAAUCUCCUGCGAAGAAGAGGAAGAUCGUGGCCGACAAUCAAAGUGCACAAGAGAAAGCUAAAUCUGCAGCUGUCUCAAACUGUUACGUCUUCAAGAGUCGGCUCCAAGAAUAUUGUCAAAAGGCUGGAUUCACAACUCCAGUUUAUGAAACUAUCAAGGAAGGCCCUUCCCAUGAGCCGUUCUUUAAAUCAACUGUGAUCGUGAACAAUGAGAGAUACGAUUCUCUUCCCAGUUUUUUCAACCGUAAGGCAGCCGAGCAGUCAGCGGCCGAAGUUGCUCUAGUGGAACUCGCCAACUCCGCUGAUAUGAAAUUCGGGAUCUCCCAGCCUGUGCAAGAAACGGGCCUAUGCAAAAACGUGCUGCAAGAAUAUGCACAGAAGAUGAACUACGCCAUCCCCUUAUACGAGUGCCACAAGGUAGAGAAUCCUGGCAUGACAUCAGCGUACUCAUGCGUGGUUGAGAUUGGGGGCAUCAAAUACAUUGGGGCCUUGGCAAACACAAAAAAGGAAGCCGUGAUCAAAGCUGCUCGAACAGCCAUGAUAGCCAUCCAAUCAUCUGACUCCAACUUUGAAGAUAGGACGAGCAACUCUCUCUACACAGUUCUCCCGCAGAAAAAGAAGUCAUCUAAUAACGGAAUUAGUACCACCAUCAAGAAGGAUAGCACUAAAGUGGGGCCCCCAAAAAAGAAAAAAGGCGGUUCUAAAAGGAGGGUUUUCAAGAAGCGGAAGUCCGGUCACGUUUUUCUGGAGGCGAAAACGAAUGGUGGGGAUGGAUUGGGGUCGGACGGGGUCAAAAUUGGGAACACUUGUAUUUCGGAUGACUGUGAUACGAUUCUUAAAAGUUCUUGA